GAGCGUUCAGGAGGCUUGUGCGGACAAUUGCGUUUUUACUAGUUUUUAUAUUUAUACACUUAUUUUACAUAAAAGUAUAUCAGAUACGAGCAUACCAGCACCGCCGCUUUACUUUUAAAGUAAAAUAAUAAAAAAAACUUCAUUUAGCACCUUCUAAAUUACUAAUAUUUGUACAUACAACAUACCUCGAUCAUUGCGGCGGCAUCCGGUUGCAGCAAAACACCGAUUCUUUGUUCGUGCAAGUUGGGAAUGACAUAGCAUCAUGUACAACGACGAUAGAACUUUUGAUGAUAUCGAAAAAGAUUUUAAUGAUAUUGAGGCCACGAAAGCGUGGUCAAAAGUUUAUCAAAAAAUUGGCCGCUCAUGUAUAUCUUAUCCAUAUACAUAUACAGAAGCUAAGCGGAUAGAAAACAAAGAGCUAAACCGCUACCGGGAUGUAUACCCAUUUGAUCAUACUCGUGUCAUUUUGAAAAGAAGCAAGACUGAUUACAUCAAUGCCAACAUUGUGCCAGUGGAACGUGCAAAUAAGAAAUAUAUAUUAACACAAGGACCACUUGGUUCAACCGUUGGACACUUCUGGUUGAUGGUUUGGGAGCAAAAUAGUCGCGGUAUAGUAAUGUUAAACAAAAUCAUUGAGAAGAAUGAGUGUAAAUGCUUCUAUUACUGGCCCCAAGGCACUGGUGAAGAGUUCAAAUUAGUGCUUAAUGAUGUGAAGUUAACAGUAGAACAGAUCAGUGAGACAGAAAAUCCUGGUUACUUCACUAGAUUGUUUAAACUUGUGGACAUGGAAACACUGGAAUACCGAUUAGUGUCACAUUACCAUUACAUAACUUGGCCUGACUUUGGAGUGCCAUCUUCACCAAUGGCAUUCCUCGACUUUUUACUUACUGUACAAAAGUCAGGUGCUUUGGAUGCUGAAGCUGGCCCACCGAUUGUCCACUGCAGUGCAGGCAUUGGACGCUCCGGAACAUUCUGCCUAGUGGAUGCAUGCCUUUCUAUAAUAGAAAAGGAAGGACAGAAGUACAUUGAUAUUCAGCAGAUGGUUAUGGAAAUGAGGAAGAGCCGAAUGGGUUUAAUCCAGACAGCUGAUCAAUUGCGCUUUGCUUUCCGUGCAAUUAUAGAAGGAAAUAAGAAACUGCAACACAAACACACUAUGGAUGAAAGUAUUUACUCAGAGGUUAUUGAAGGAGAUGAGGAGACCGCGCCGUUGCCGCCGCCGCGAGGAGAGAGCCUCAGCAAAGCACCAGCUCGACCGCUGCCAGCUAUACCUGCCAGCGCUUCCCUUGGAAAUAUGGUGCAUGCUUUGAUAUCUGAAUGGUCAAGCUCCGAUGAGGAUACUACAGCUGUUCCGGCUCAGGAGGAAACGAAGGUCGUCCCGUCUGAGGAAGAAGAUAAUGACGUCACCUUGCCAACUGAGAGCAGUGAGGCGUCGAGUAGUCUGCGGCGGCGGAACACGAGCGAGCCGCCCGAGGACGCGCCGGCGAAGAAGCGACACGCAAGAAAAUCAUCAAAUCAGUGGAAUGCUAUCAGGAGGUCUCUAUUCAAGCCAGUUACUCUUACAUUUGGCUUCCUACUCGUCGGCAUCUUUAUAUACUCAUAUGUGAAACACUAGAUAUAUUCGUUUAUGUUAUAUUUUUAAUGUGUGAAUUAGAAAGGUAAAAGAUUAAUUCAGCUUUAAUGCUCCGUCUAAUUUGGAGCUCUGGUAUAUUAUUUAUAGCAUAGGAUGUCUUUUAACCAGAUAGAACGAGAUACUGGAUGCAAAUGAGAAGACGGCACGAGGUGUUGGUGCCUUGCUAGAAGCUUUUGCCCGGCAUGAUUCGACUGUUCGGGCUGGGGAUUGAACUAGAGAGCACUUUGUUAGACGGAAUAUUAAAAUUAAGGAAUAUUAUUGGGGAAUAAAAUGUACUCGAAAAGGACCUCACACCGAGCAACAUGUAUGCAUGGAUUUUUGAAUGUAGAAGCCUGAAAGAGAUGUGCUAGGUCCGCGUAGGUCCGAAAUCUACCUAACCCUCUGGGUCACGGGCGUGAGUUGUAUUAUUUUUGUUGUUAUCUUUAAUAAUGAACCUUCUUAGCGGUCUUAAUACAUAGGUUUAUUGUCUUCACCGCUUGUGAAAUCUUAAUACAAGAUUUAAUUACCUUGCCCGUGUAAUGUGUAUAUAAAUAGUAGAAAUGAUCGAUUUAAAUUACGGGUCUUUGUUAUAAUUGACAUCGCGCAUCAUUUCAUCACAAUAUUCAUCACACCUUUGAUACAAAAUAAUAAUAAUCAAUAUUUAUGUUAAAUUUAAGAAAUAUUUUAAUCCAGAACACCAAUAAUGUUUUAAUGGAUAACAAUAUAAUUGUUUCAUGAUAAUUUAUGUAAAUAUGUAGGUUUUUAUUGAUAAGACAUUUCGAGAGCCAGUUACAAUUUCUUAUUAUACAUAUGAAUUUUUAACUUAAUAACUUUUAUAUCGAAGUAAAUAUACAUUGUCCUAUUCAAUCGAAAUACUCUAGUAUGUUACUAACGUCCUAUAUAUAAUAUUACAAAAAGACUUACGAAAUAUAACCGCUCGUACCAAAUAAGCCCUUUACAGAAACACCAAUACUGCCUAUAUGUGUAUUUAUAACUAGCACUUUAGAUUACUAUAUUUAACCUUCGACAUAAUAGCAAAUUUUUUUUUGUUUUUGUUUGUAUUUAAUAAGGUAGUUUGCAAGAAAUAUGAAAUUGUGUCCGUGCGUUUGCACAAAUUAGUUGAUAUCAUUUUAUAACAAUAUCAUUUUUGUGAAAUAUUUACAGGUAUUGAAUAUUAUAUGAAAUAAUUUAAUUCAAUUAUGUAAUUUAAACUAAUAUGAGCUUAAUCUCAUUAGAUAAAUAUUAGCAUGUAGUUAGUUUGUGUGUGUUUGUGUAAUAUAUAAAUUUAUUUAUAUGUAGACUGAAUUAUUUUUAUCAAAACUUUGAUUUUGUCAACAAGCAAUGUUUUAAAAAGUCUACAGUCUAUGAUUUUAUCUUGGAAUUAAUUCAAAUAUAUAUUUACGACGACUUUAUGAGAGGAAUCCAUCGAAAUGUAUGAAGAAUCAAUUGUCGACAAAAAGCAGUAACUCUGGAUGAUGUUACAGUGAUUGUAAAUAAAUAUGAUUUAGUAGAGUUUAGUAGAUCGAAGUUUCGGACAAAAUCAGCUUAUUUUUGAUUCUUGAAUUAGUGUUCCAAAAUUUCGAAAUUCCAAAUAAAAUGCAUUGCAAAUACUAAGAAUGUAAAGAAUUGCAUUUUGUCGAUUUUUUAUAUGAAAUUUGUUUUAUAGUGAAACCAUGUUAAUUGUUUAUCGUAAAUAUUGUAUUUGUAAAUAAAUACAAACACACACAAAUAAAUAAAUUAAGGUAGAAGCCGCGUGUGUCGAGUAAUCAAUGAUAAUAUUCGUAUGAAAUUAUAAUUAUAUGAAACUUAGUUAAGUAUGUAGAAGCUGCUUGGAAUGUAAGCAGUACAAUUAUGGAGGAGUUUAUUAAACUUUGACUGUUUAUAAUAUUAUUUUAGUUUUGGUCUCGCAACUUAUGCAAAUGCGGAAUUGCAAAUUUGUUAGGCACAAAUAAUCAUUUUUAUUGUGUAUCAGAUCUUUUUUGUUAUGUGAAUUGAAUUGUACAGAAUAUGAAUUCAUGUGUACACUUGUUAAUUCAUUAAUAAUGAAUUCAUAUUGUAAAUCCUCACGUGAUUUUUUGUCAUGUUUUUUUUGUCUUUUACAACUUUAAUUAAUAAUGCAGAAGGCAUUUGAAGUUCAGUACCAUCAAGUUAUCUGAUGAGUUCACUUCCAUACGUAAAAAUAGUAAUGGCGCUGAACGUAUUAAUAAUUAAAGAUUAAGGGCUAGUGUUAGGAUCUUCUUGUAAAUGCCAGGAUUAAAAUUAAUAAAGUUAAAUAAAACAGGGCUGUGCAGAACUCUCCAACUGUUCACUGUUCUUGUGGUUGGCUAAAAUUUUGAUUUAUCGAAAUUGUGCAAAGGAUGAAUUUUAAAUGGCGAGUUAGUGGUUAAAUGUUGUGUCGUUGUCGUUAAAUACAUUGUAAGCAAAAUGCUUGUGUCCCUUAUUGCUGAAUCCCGCCGCUGCGCCACAUUCCGCUUUGCCACAAUUUUAUUAUUUCAUGUAUAAAUUAACAAUAUCCCCACUACCAUUAAAUAUACGAAAAUUUGGUAAUAUGUGUUUUAAGCAUUUUUUUAAUAAGCACAGUAUUGCAGUAACACUUUUGUAUAUUUAAAGUUGAUUAGCUCUUAGAAUGUUUGUAUAAUAUAAUUAAUAUAAUAUAAUAUGUAUAAAACAAUAUUGACAAUUCUCUAUUAACCUAUUGUAAAAUAUGCAUAACUUAAAGCAAUUAGCCCGAUGGGCGAGGCCUCUUAACAAUAUAUUGAAGAGUAUAGUGUUGUAGUGCGAAACUGUGUAUGUGUUACUGUAAGGCCUCGAACUCCGGUACAAUAAGAUUUACAAAACUAUACGUGGUAAAAGUCCGUAAUUGAAAUCUUGAUAAUUUAUUAAUUGUAUACAGCGAAAUGAACAGAAUUCUUCACUCUUCCCGUAUAUCUGGUUGUCGUACUUUACAGUAACAUUAUAUACUUAAAGUUGGAUAAAUAAUGUUAAUCUAAUAGAAUCUAUGUAAUGCGUAUUAUGUGGCAUGUAUAAAACAUUACAUA